GCGCUUUUCUCUUUUUUGCACAUCUGGCUGAACUGGGAGUCAGGUGGCUGACUUGUGCCUGGCUGCAGUAGUAGCAGUAUCUCCCCCUUACUAUUCCCUGCCUUGGUUUUCCUGAGAGUUCUUCAGGUCAUGGACUCGGUGGCCGUGUAUCAUGGCAAAAUCAGCAAGGAGACCGGGGAGAAACUCCUGCUCGCCACGGGGCUGGAUGGCAGCUAUCUGCUGAGGGACAGCGAGAGUGUCCCAGGAGUGUACUGCUUGUGUGUGCUGUAUCAAGGUUACAUUUAUACGUAUCGAGUGUCCCAGACAGAAACAGGUUCCUGGAGUGCUGAGACAGCACCUGGGGUACAUAAAAGAUUUUUUCGGAAAAUAAAAAAUCUCAUUUCAGCAUUUCAGAAGCCAGAUCAAGGCAUUGUAAUACCUUUGCAGUAUCCAGUUGAGAAGAAGUCCUCAGCUAGAACUACACAGGAUGCUACAGGAAUAAGAGAAGAUCCCGAUGUUUGUCUGAAAGCACCAUGAAGAAAAAUAAAGCACCUUGUACUUUAUUUUCAAUAAUUUAAAUGUAUGCUAAGUCUAGUAUAUUAUAGAUUAUACAGUUCAGUGAGCUACAAAUGCACUCCUAAAACCAUCAUAGUCCUGUAAUGGAAGCAUCUAGCCUGAUGUCAAAGCUGAAAUGGACUUUGUAGAUAAUGAGGAGCUUUGCAAUGAGAAUUGUGAAGAAAACAGUUCCAUCAGUAAUUUUCAGUUAUCAUAUUUACAAAUGGGAAACAAUUUAAAGCAUAAUAAGUACUUUAUAAAAUGUUAAUGCCAAUUCUUGCCAAAUAAAAAUAAAAAUAACCCUCAGUUUUUGU